AUGCCGUGCUCCUGCCCCACCAGAUCAACCAGGGUGCGAGUUUCAACCCGGAUCUGGUCUACGAGGUUGGACGCAUCACUUCUCGCGACAGCGAAGCUGCAGGCGCGAGCUGGAUAUUCAGUCCAAUUCUGGAUAUCUCACAGAACUCUCUAUGGGCUCGCACCUUAG